AUGGAUAAUCUUCCUCUUAUCAAGUCUCUGGUAGAAAAUUUGGCUGACAAUCUUAACGUUCCAGUGUCGUGCAAAAUCCGCAUUUUCCCAGAUCUGCAAGAUACAAUCAACUAUGCUAAAAUGUUGGAGGAUGCUGGUUGUUCUCUUUUAGCCGUUCAUGGAAGAACAAGAGAUGAGAAAGAUGGAAAGAAGAUCCGGGCUAAUUGGAAUGUCAUCAAGGCAGUUAAAAGUGCAGUUAGAAUUCCUGUUCUUGCUAAUGGAAAUAUACGGCACAUGGAUGACGUCAGGGAGUGUUUGGAAGAGACCGGUGCAGAAGGGGUUCUUACAGCUGAGUCUCUUCUUGAGAAUCCAGCUCUCUUUGCUGGAUAUCGGACUGCAGAAUGGGUAUCGGGCAGUGAAGAAAUUAACAAAGAGAGGAAACUGGACCAGGCUGACUUACUGGUGGAAUAUUUGAAAUUCUGUGAGAAAUAUCCAGUGCCAUGGAGAAUGAUCCGUUCUCACGUGCACAAGUUGUUGGGAGAGUGGUUUAGAAUCCAUCCAAAUAUAAGAGACGAUCUCAAUGCACAAUCUAAGCUUACAUUUGAAUUUCUUUAUGAUAUUGUGAACCAACUUAGGGAACUUGGCGAACCUGUAUGGAUUUUGGAGCUUCGCGUAAGAAGUCGCAAAGCAAUCACAAGAGCUGUAGGCGUCAAAGCGGCGUCGAAGAAGUUGCUGGAGCUAGCCAAUGAGGCGAUGAAGCGCGCUGAUCAGAUCACGGCUCAGCUUCCGCCAAAUCGGAAAAGAGAACCGAAGGAUUGCAGCGUCUCCGUUCUGGCGGCGUCGACAGGCGCAUCUCAUUUGUCGUCGGUUACCGGAGAUAAAUGGGUCGCCGGUGAUGCUAAUGAGGGAGAACAGAGAGCAAAAAGAUAG